AUGGAGAACGACGGCACGGCGGACGCCUCGGCGGCGGCGGAAUCUCCGCGCGCGGCUUCGAUCUACACGGCCCCGGACUCUCCGCUCAUGGCCGCUUCCUUUCCCGCGUCCCCGGGGACGCCCUCGUUGCCUGCGUCCCCAGGAACGCCGCGCAGCGACACGCAGUCGAGCGGCCCGGCGACGGAUGACGACGCCGCGCUGCACCUGCGGCUCAAGCUGCUGGACGAGCGCGUGUUCGACGUAGAGGCCGCGCCCUCUAUGUCGGUGGCCGACUUCCGCCUGCGCGUGGCCGAGGUGACGGAGGUGCCGGCCGCGCGCCAGCGGCUCAUCUACCGCGGCAAGCUGCUGAAGGACGGGGCCGCGCUGGCCGCGUACGACCUCAAGGACGGCCACACGGUGCACCUGGUGGCCAAGCCUGUAGCCCGUCCGGCGAGCACCUCAGCCAGCAGUAGCAGCAAUACGACGCAGACGCCUGCAGCUGGCCAGGAAGAGGGCGAGGAAGGCGCACGCGCGCGCGGGCCGAGACGACGGCAGCAGCAGGUGGGCCGCGAGGUGGACGGCCCGGCCUGGAACCUGGCCAACCUGCGCUCGGCCCUGAGGCGCAACGCGGCCACCGGUGCAGCGGCCCAGCGCACGCAGCCGCUGCCCAUGCUGAGGGAGAUCCUGGACGAGAUGAGCGAGUCGCCGCAGGAGGCGGCCGAGGGCAUGGGACUAGGCACAUCGGCCACAACGGGCCCCAGACGGUCAGAGACGGCCACGCUCGCAGUGGACUUGGAGCCUAUCUCACAGGGUAUUCUGACCAUGCGCACGGUGCUGUCGACCGCCGCAGUGGAGGAGGAAGAUCGGGCCGCAGCAGAAGAGGACGAGAGAGUCGAGACGGAGGUGACCCAAGAGCAGUCUGUGCGGCGUCGCCCGAGGCAGUUUUUCGUGGGCCAGUGGCUGGACGUCAAGGACACGGUGAACCAGUGGCUCGAGUCCACGGUGAUGGAUAUCGCCGACGGCAAAGUGCUGAUCCACUACCAUGGCUGGCCCGCGCGGUGGGACGAGUGGAUCGACUUCGACUCGGACCGCAUCGCUGCCUUUCGCACGCGCACACUCCACACACAAAACAUGCAGCGCAUGUCGCCCGUGCCGACGACGCGAGUGCCGAGCGCGCCGCGAGUAGGCGAUAACGACGUUCGGCGUAUGGUGGUGGAUGUGCGCAACCUGAUGCGAGAGAUGAUGCCUCACAUUGACCGACUGACCGAGUUGUGCGAAGACGAUUUAAGACGAGAGCGAGAGCAGAACCAACCGCCGUUGAAUCCCGUCGACGAUGCAGUGUCUGGUGCUCAGGCGACGGAGACGGGUUUGCCAACAGAGACUUCCCAAGCAGGAGGAGAGUCUCGUGAGAGCGAGGUGUCGGAGGUGGCCCACCUGGUGGCGCCACUUUUUGACCGCUUCGGCCGGCUUUUGAUGGACUCGGCGCGAUACUUUGAUCCGUUGCUGCGUCCAGAGCUGAGGGGGACGUCACAGCGCCAGCAAGAGCGUCGCUCGACUGCGCUGCGGUAUGGCCACGGCGGGUCUGCGCAGCGACAAGCUGCGAGUGUGUCAGCGUCGAUGGAGGCUCUGGACAACUCGCUGUCCAUCCGCGAUCUGAUUACCACGUCUCCGACUACAGCAAAUGAAUCCAACCAGCCGCGACGCAGCAUUGACGUGCAUAUCCACGCAAUCGUUGCACCGGCCUCUUUUGCGUCAUUGGCCCGUGGUAGCAGCGACGCUGGCAAUGGCUCAGAUGCUGGUGUUUCCACUCGCAGCGUUCAAACGCCGUCGACCCCUCCGAUCGGACGCUCGUUUGGCUUCAAUGACUCGAGAAGUGCCGACACCACUGACGAUGACGUCGACCACAGUCGCGUGCCUCUCCUGAGCUCGUAUCGCCACCGCAGUCACUCACAAGACACUGGACCAACUCAACAGGAGCGAGCGGCAGCACGUGACCUGGACAACUUCCUGGCGGACGACUUCUUUGGGACUUCAUUUGGCCGUGACGACGACGAUGAGGACGACAGCGACGAUGAUUCCAGUACAGACUCCGACGUCCAGCGGAUGGUGCGAUCCGCUUAUCGUCCACCAUCACCUUCCGGCCGAAUCUCUUCUCCACGCACGCCUCAAAGCCAGGGUAGCGCAGACUACCGUGAAGGCUCGAUUGGUGUGAUUCCAGAAGUUGCGGAGGCUGAGGAGAGACUGCGAGCGCGUGCAGCGGAGCUGGAAUCCAGUGGCCUCAACGGAGGAAACGAUCGGACGUCGUCCGCGUCGGCAGGAUCGUCCGCCUCCAGCUCGUCGUCGGGCUUCCCCACGUUCCUGGAAGUGAUGCGGCGCACGCUGAGUGGUGUCCGAAACCUGGUCCACCAUGACACAAGCGCGGCUCCUGCACAAGAGGCCAGUCAUCCCGUGGAGUUGGUGUCAGGGUUCUCGCUUCCGUCUUCCUCCUCGUCGUCAUCGUCGUCGUUGUCCCCACCGGCGUCACCAUCCGUCCAUUCUUCGAGUGGGAGUUUCAUGAGCCGUCCGCGCAGCCCGAGCAGUGCCAGCAGUAUUGAGGAGGACUUGGACUUGGACGAAGUGGACUAA